AUGGAUGAGACUGGCGUCGCACUUGGUGUAUGUACUAACCACCAAGUCCUUGCGGAUGCGCGUAAAAAGAAGGCUUACAAAGGCUCACCAGAAUCGCGCGAGUGGGUCUCUAUUAUAGAGUGUAUUAACGCUGUUGGCACAAAGCUGCAGUGCCUCGUCAUCUUCAAAGGCGUACACCUCCAAACCACGUGGAUUCCCUCAAUCAAUACACCAGACUGGCUAUACACAACCUCAACGAAUGGGUGGACUUCAAACGCUAUAGGUUUAGAGUGGUUACGGCGUAUUUUUAUACCAAAUACCUCACCAUCACAGAGCGGCCACUGGCUGCUUAUUCUUGAUGGCCACAGCUCCCAUAUCCCUAUUGACUUCAUGUGGGAGUGCAGAGAGAAUAAGAUACACCUUCUCUACCUACCUGCACACUCAUCACACCUUCUUCAGCCGCUAGACCUUGCUGCUUUCUCAGUACUAAAGUCGCGCUAUCGCCAGGAGAUCAGCGCGCUCUCUGCGCUUGAUGACGCAGCACCAGUUAAGAAAGAGCGCUUUGUUGUCUGCUACAACAAAGCGCGAGAGGAGAGCUUCAAUAAGAGAGUAAUUAGAGCCAGC